AUCAAAUAUAUCCUCGAUCCUUUAAGGACAGCGAUGGUGAUGGUAUCGGGGAUUUAAAAGGUGUCACCAGUAAAUUGGCAUAUUUGAAAGAAAUCGGUAUGGCUGCCACGUGGUUGUCACCAUUCUUGAAAUCACCCAUGGCAGAUUUUGGUUAUGACAUCUCAAAUUUCACCGAAGUUGAUCCACUCUUUGGGACCAUGGAAGAUUUUGAGGAGAUGAUGCGCAAAUCCAAAGAAUUGGGAGUGCGUAUCAUUUUGGAUUUUGUUCCCAAUCACUCAAGUGAUGAAUGUGAAUGGUUUAUCAAAUCGGCUGCCCGUGAUCCGGAAUAUAAAGAUUAUUAUGUUUGGCAUCCGGGUAAAAUUGUCAAUGGCACCAGGACGGUACCCAAUAAUUGGGUAAGUGUUUUCCGUGGCUCGGCAUGGGAAUGGCAUGAAGGCAGACAGGAGUACUAUUUACAUCAGUUCCAUAAAAAACAACCGGAUUUUAAUUUUCGUAAUCCCAAAGUUCGUGAGGCAAUGAAUGAAAUUUUACGUUUCUGGUUACGCAAAGGCAUUGAUGGCUUCCGUGUCGAUGCCAUUUAUCAUGCCUUCGAAGUGGCGCCCGAUGCUGAGGGUAAUUAUCCGGAUGAACCUCGCAAUGAUUGGACCGAUGACCCUGAUGAUUAUGGCUAUGUCCAUCACAUCUAUACGGUUGAUCAACCGGAGACUCCUCACUUGGUUUAUGAAUGGCGUCAGGUUUUGGAUGAUUUUUGGAAGGAGAAUGGAGGGGAUGAGAGAAUACUCAUGGUUGAAACAUGGUCCCCCAUUGAAAUUGUCAUGGAAUAUUAUGGAAAUUCCACAGCCGAGGGUGCUCAAAUACCCUUCAAUUUCCAAAUGAUCAGUUAUUUGUGGAACGAUUCGGAUGCCUAUCAUUAUGCCAAUUUAAUUAAUGAAUGGCUGAGUAAAAUGCCGGCAGGACGUACCGCCAAUUGGGUGGUGGGUAAUCAUGAUAAAAAUCGUGUUGGUACUCGCUUCGGAGCCGAUCGUAUUGAUAUGUUCAAUAUGAUGUUGUUGACCCUGCCCGGGUGUAGUAUUACCUAUAAUGGUGAGGAAAUUGGUAUGACCGAUGUAUGGAUUUCAUGGGAGGAGACUGUGGAUCCACAGGCAUGUAACGGCCAUGAAGAUGGUUAUGAAUAUAGGUCACGGGAUCCAGCACGUACCCCCUUCCAGUGGAAUGAUGAGAAAAAUGCCGGAUUUUCAGAUGGUAGCACAACCUGGUUGCCGGUGAGCCCGAAUUAUAAAAUGGAUAAUUUGAAAAGGCAAAGAGGUAUUGCGAGGAGUCACUUGAAUAUUUUCAAGCAAUUGCAACAAUUGAGAUCUGAGGAUACCUUGAGGGAGGGUGAGACAGAGGUGAAGGCCUUCAGUCAUGAUGUUUUGGGUAUUAAGCGUUCCCUUUACAAAGAUUACACAUACAUUACCCUCAUGAAUAUUUUCGAUUCAACACAAAUCGUAAACUUAAACGAUGUCUUUAAGAAUUUACCCUCCGAAUUUGAAUAUGUGGUCCUCAGUGAUAAGUCAAUCCGCCGCAAAGGCGAUAAAGUUUCGAGCAAUAAAAUUGAGUUGCUACCCAAAGAAGCUGUGGUUUUGAGGUCAACUGUAAAAGUUUAAUCGUUGGUCCUGAUAUGGUCAUGUGGUAAUGUUAAUUAGAAAAUA